CCUCCUCGAACUUACAUUUUCUUUCAAUACAAAUUCUUGAAACUUCUUUUACAAUUAUGUCAAUUGUCAAAAAUUGAAUUAGAGAUGGAAUAUAAGUUGGCUGCGAAAAUUUUCCCUGAAUUUACCGGCAUGGAAAUUGUACGAGAAUAACAGACACGAAGAACUGGUAAUGGAUGAGAGCUUAGACAGGACUGCAUAAAGAAGCAGAAGAUGUCAAGAAAGUGAUAAAAAUUGCUUUUAUCUGCACUCAGCCGUUGGGUACCUCCAGGCCGACCAUGUCUGAGGUCGUCCUUUUGGUCAGAAGUAUAGGAUCCUUCCGUCGCCGGCCAACAACCAGGCCCAUCCUCGGCGAAUCAGAUAAAUACGAGAAGCCACCUCCAUUGGCUCUUCCGCGACUAAUGCCACGGCCUACAUUACCCAGGUCUGGUGGCUAACUCUUCUUAGCUAGAUUAGACUAUUCGUCCAAUGAAGACAUUUUCUUUUCAUAGAAACUUUUUCCUCAUCAAAUGGACAACAAUUUUCCUUUAUUUUUCUGUUUUAGGAAAAUAAAGUUGCCUUUGCAAU